CCAUGGUGUCAAACUGCGAACCUCUACAUCAGCUCAGGACGAAAACGACACCCACCUAAAAAUUAAACAUCAGCUGCAAAUCACUCACCAACCGUCAAUUCACCACUGUGAAAUGCGCAUCCACACCACUCGUUUCUGUGUUCAUCCGGGGUAUUGCAUGCAGUACAGCGAAUACCUAGCAAAAAAAGCUCCUACCACCUGCCCUGACCACGGCCGCCACUGACUGACCGUCGCGUUUCCCAACCACACAGGCACUCGCGCAACCAACACUUCAGAGCUGCGCAUUGCGACAGCGACGGCGCCCCGUUGGCAACGCAAUAAAGUCGAUUAGGACAACUCAACAAUUAUCCAACAGCCUGCAUGCAUUCGCGAUUGAUUCAGCAGCAGCAAACAGCAGCAGCGAUAGCAUAGAAGAUGGAGAACAAGAGAAAGGUUAGCGGCGUGAAUGGCUUUGAAGCUGGGUCGGGAGCCGAUAUCGAUCGAGCUGCAAAGCGUCGCAAGUUGCAGGAGGAGUUCGGCGACCUUUCAAAAGGAGAGACAGCUCAGUCAACCAAGGCGUAUGGGUUGAACAUUCUCGAGUCCAUCCGAGCAACCACAGACAAGAAUGGCCGUCCAGUUUCUCCCUUCUUCGAGCGCCUUCCCACCAAGGCCGAAAACCCAGAAUAUUACAAAAAGAUCCGAUUACCUCUAUCGCUAGAGAUUAUUGAGCGCAAACUGAAUAAGCAUGAGUACCCGAAUCUGUCAGCUCUGGAGGGAGACUUCAAGCGGCUGGUAUCCAACGCAAAGGAGACGAACACGAGACAGUCUGAGGUCUUCGGCGAUGCGGAGCGCGUGCGAAAGGCUGUCAGCAACUUGAUGGUCAAGUUUAAUCCUGCGUAUAAGGCAGGAAAUUAUCAGGCUGUCGCUACUCCACUGCCUCCGACCCCUGACCCGGACGAGGUCAACGGCGAAGAAGAUGCAGAGGGCGAAGAAGAGGACGUGGAGAUGCAGCCUGCUCCAGACAGAGACGCACACGGAGAGGCAGAUGAUGAUGCGGAAGCUGACGAGGAUAAAAGCGAGGAAGAUGCCGAGGGCUCAGAUGAAGAAGACGACGAGCCUGAGCCUGUUGUGCGGAAGAGAAGACCUGGCAGACCACCCAAGAACGCCACAUCGACGACACCAAAGCCAUCCCGUUCCGGAUCAGCCCAUGGCAAAACCGACUCACAGUAUGAGAACACGUCAUACAAAGGUCUCACUUUCCAGCAAGCUCAGGAGAAGAUUGUGGAGGACACCAUCCGAGUCAAGGAUGAUGGUGGUGACUGGCAGUACUUCGAACCAUUCAUCUACCUACCACCUCGCUCCCUGAAGGACUAUUAUGAGAUCAUCGCAGAGCCCAUGUCUCUGAAAGCUCUCCAGAAGCAAGUCCGUGGCCAACAUGGCCGCGGUGAAGCAACCGGCGUCAGUGACUUCAAGGGCUGGGCUGCAUUUGAAGAUCAAGCAAGUCUCAUCUGGAAGAAUGCAUAUCACUACAAUGAGGAUGGCAGUGAGAUAUUCUCGAUGGCCCAGGAGCUCGAAGAGCAUUUCAAAAGAUUAGUUAAAGAGGCCAAACGUUACGUACUGGAGCCCCCACAACCAAAGAUCAAGCUCAAGAUACCCCAGAGCGCCGAAACACCACCUGUGCAUUCUAAGAAAAUCACCAUUCACGUCGGCGGCAAAGUCAGUGCAGCAGGCUCACCGGCACCACCAACUGUCCAGUCAGGAGAGGCAGAUGGCGCCCGCAAUGGCACUCCGCUGGCACGAAAUCCUUUUGGUGGCUCAAAUGCAGCUGCUGUUAAUCUCAGCCAACUGGAGAAAGCCAGAAGCUUGUCCGUCUCUGGAGCUUCCCCCAGCCCUUCUGUCGCAGGUGGGGCGGUCAAGCCGGAAGAACCAGCGCGACAAUCACCCGCAAUCCCGGCGCAGGUCAGCAGCAUGACGACGCAACAACAAUUUGCUCCCAUGGGGCAAGCCCCGGCCCCAGCUCCAAAUGGUGUAGCCGCCCCUCUUCCUCCGCCGCCGCCACCACCGCCGAAGCGGACUGCAGCUGACAUCUUGGAAGCCCAGAAAUAUCGUCCUCAUGGUUUCAAAGUUACUGAGGCUCUAAUGCCCCAAGUUGUCAUAAGAUCCCACCCUGAUCUCCAUUCCUCGAAUAAUCGAAUGGAGAAUCGACUGGAGAAUCGACUGGCGAUCACAUUGUACGCCAGUGAUGUCGAGUCCCAGCAAGAACUUGUCUUCAACGCGCCAGCAAGAUAUUACCGUCUGCAACUCCAUCCCAUUAUAGCACCCUUUCUGGAGGCCCAGCAGCGUGAGUGGAAGUUGAACGUCACACAAAACUUUAGUCGCGUGUACCCCAUCCUGAGUCCUGAAGACAAAAGAAACGAGCCUGUUUUCGACAUCAACUUGCAUUAUGGGAGCAACCGCCUCGAGGUCAGUCUCGUAGCUGCUCUCCCGAAGGGUGAAAAGGGCCCGCACGGACUGGGCAUGGAAAUGGAAAAAUUCGUCGUCUUCUUCAAUCUAAUCAAGUCCCUUUGAGUAUGCAGUGCAGGAAGGGAAAUUGAUUAGGCAAGUGGAUGGAUAGGACGGGGAGUUUAGGGUUGUAAGAGUUGGCUCGUUGGCCGGCCUGUAGUAUUGUAGGGUUUACAAAAUAGCGAGCACAAUGGUUGGUUGCACUUGCAAAGCUGCUACAGAUGGCGAAGCAGAUGGAUGCGCUUGCAGAGCCGUCAUAGACAAGCAUCUUUGCUCUGGACGUUAUUACAUUCUAGAUGUACGAAUGAUAUCAAUUACUCUUUAUG